GUGUGUGUGUGUGUGUCCGUGUGUGUGUGUUUUUUUCCCCCCUCGACAAGAUGGCGUCCAGCGGCGCAGCAGCGGGCAACGGGAACCUGCCUCAGCCCCAGCAGCAGCAGCCCCAGCAGCAGCAACAACAGCACCACAGGAGCGGGCCGGCCAGGAUAGGAUACUACGAGAUCGAGAGGACCAUCGGCAAGGGCAACUUCGCCGUGGUCAAGCUGGCCACUCACAUCGUCACCAAGGCUAAGGUUGCUAUAAAGAUAGUAGAUAAAACACAACUCGAUGAGGAAAACCUGAAAAAGAUCUUCAGAGAAGUGCAAAUCAUGAAAAUGCUGCGGCACCCACACAUUGUUCGAUUGUACCAGGUUAUGGAGACAGAAAGAAUGAUUUAUUUGGUGACAGAAUAUGCUAGUGGAGGAGAGAUAUUUGACCAUCUUGUAGCUCAUGGACGAAUGGCAGAGAAAGAAGCACGGAAGAAAUUUAAGCAGAUCGUCGCAGCAGUCCAUUUCUGCCACUGUCGGAACAUUGUGCAUAGAGAUCUGAAAGCUGAAAAUCUGCUCCUGGAUGCCAACCUGAACAUAAAGAUUGCAGACUUUGGGUUCAGUAACAUCUUUACCCCAGGCCAACUACUCAAGACUUGGUGUGGGAGCCCACCUUAUGCUGCCCCUGAGCUAUUUGAAGGAAAAGAGUAUGAUGGGCCUAAAGUUGAUAUUUGGAGCCUGGGUGUGGUGCUGUACGUACUGGUGUGUGGGGCCCUUCCGUUUGAUGGCAGCACAUUACAGAACCUGCGAGCCAGGGUUCUGAGUGGCAAAUUCCGCAUUCCAUUCUUCAUGUCUACAGAAUGCGAACACUUGAUCAGACACAUGCUAGUUCUAGAGCCCAGCAAGCGCUUAUCUGUGGAGCAGACCUGCAAACACAAGUGGAUGAAGAUCGGUGAUCCUGACCCGGAGUUUGACAGGUUAAUAACGGAAUCCAGGCAAAUCAAAGUAGAAAUCAAGACGGAACCGCUGAAUGAGCAGGUACUCAUGUACAUGACGGAACUUGGCUUGGAUAGAGAUCGCACACUACAGUCAUUGAACACAGACGCCUAUGAUCACUUUAGUGCAAUUUACAGCCUGCUGUGUGACAAGCUAAAACGACACAAGACAUUGCGCAUCUCGGCACCUCCCAGUGUGCCUCGCUCCAUGCCGUUUCAAACGCCUUCCAAUGUCCAGGCGGAGCAAACUGGCAACACGUUGAGUCUAAAUGUACCACAAGUGCAGCUCAUCAACCCUGAAAACCAGAUUGUUCAGACUGAUGGUAACAUGAAUUUAGACAGCGAUGAAGGUGAAGAACCAUCCCCGGAGGCCCUGGCACGAUACCUGUCUAUGAGGAGACAUACUGUUGGUGUUGCGGACCCAAGGACUGAAGUUACAGAGGAUCUACAGAAAUGCCACCUGCCUGGUUUACCCCGUGUUGUGCCUCAGGCUCCUUUCCUGCCAGUUGUUCCAAAUGUUAAUCUGAUGCAGAACAUGCUUCACAUGCAGAAUCUCCAGCCAGCCGCACAGCUGGAGUACAAGGAGCAGUCGCUGCUUCAGCCUCCAACUCUGCAGUUGUUGAAUGGAAUGGGCCCGCUCGGCCGACGGGCGUCCGAUGGUGGAGCCAACAUCCAGCUUCACGCCCAGCAGCUGCUCAAACGCCCACGAGGCCCAUCGCCGUUGGUCACCAUGAAUCCACAUGCGGUGGCAGCAGUGACGCCAGUUGAUGAGGAAAGCUCAGAUGGAGAACCAGACCAAGAAGCUGUACAGAGGUACCUGGCAAACAGAACCAAGCGCCACACACUGGCAAUGACAAAUCCUACAGAUGAGAUUCAUCCAGAUUUGCAGAGGCAGCUGGCACAGCAGCAGGCAUUCCGUUCCCGUGGCUGGGUUCCUCACCCUGAUCAACAUAGCCGGGUUUGUUACAAGGACCCCAACACUCUACACCUUCCGACCGAAAGGUUCUCUCCAGUCCGCCGCUUUUCAGAUGGUGCAGCGAGCAUACAGGCGUUCAAGGCUCACCUGGAGAAAAUGGAGAAAUGCACAGCCACCAACAGUAGCAUAAAACAGCUGCAGCAGGAACAUGAGCAUUUACAAAAGAUGUACGGAAAUGCCAUGGACGAAAGGUUUUUAGAAAAGACACAGCAACAGCACAUACUUUACCAGCAUGAACAGCAGCACCAGAUCCUACAGCAUCAGAUUCAGGAAUGUAUCCGACCACCACAGCCUUCACCCCCACUGUCGACGGGCUCACUAGGACAGCACAUGGAGAACCAGCCAGCUCUAAUCACUCACCAACUGCAAAGGUUACGAAUUCAGCAUGAGCAGUCAAGUCCUCCUCCCAACCAUCCCAGCAACCAUCUGUUCAGGCAACCUAACAACAGUCCUCCCCCUGGCACCAAUGCCAUCAUGCAGCCCAGCAGUUGUGCUGCACCUCCAUCCCAGUUUCAAGGCAUGCCUUCCCACAACACACUGUACCAGCAGCCCAGCAACAGCCCGCCUCCACCAAACCUCGCCCUGCCUCGCAUGAACAUGCAGCCGGGCCUGUCCCAGCAGCCGACGACACAGCAGGUUACAAUCCAAGUGCAGGAGCCGACGGAUAUGCUGAGCAACAGCAUGCUGCCGGGUGGUGUACCCGCCAUGCUCCCCUCACACCCCCGGGCAAUCAUCAGCCCCAGCAACCAGAUUCCCCUGCAACAGCGGACGAUGCACAUCCCAUCUCACGGGCUGAGUGGGCAGCACAGGGCACUGGCCAAGCAACUCAGUGCUGAUAGUGCAGAGGCAAGCGGUCGACCUAUUAGCCGGUUCUCCCCUUUGAACUAUGAACAGACUCACUUACAUCCUCACCACUUCCCGGAGCAGUUUCGGGUUUUACCCGGCAACUUCAACCCAGCGGCUGCGUUCUCCCAAGCACAGGUCCUGAAAAUUGCACAGAUGGACCAGUUUUCCAGUUUAAACCCGAGCGGGCCUAGGAAAAGCAUUCUACAGGCAGAGCAGCAGCAACCAACGAGUUUCACCUCGUUACUACACCAGGCUCUGCUUUCUCCAACGCCACAUGACUAUACCAGACACCAGCACGUUUCACAGUACGGUUCCAUGAUCCCGGGACUCCUGUCGCCCAGGCAUUCACUGACGGGACAGCAGGACGCACGCUCUGUCGACCUGGCGCAUUUCUUAAAAUGUCACCAGCGGCAGAAGCAGCAAGAGUACGACUUGCUGAGGCACAUAAACCAAGGGGUGGGGGAGGUGGGAAACAUGGCUCCCAACCUGUGCGGGCAACAGCAGACUCUGUCAGAGCACCAGACAUUGAACUUGCCUUACCAAAAUACAGACACCUACCAUCAGCACCACCAUUUACUGCAAGUCAUAGGCCAGGACCACAUGACACAACCCCCUUCCUCAACCAAAGGGUGCAGUUUUGUACACCACCCUUCUUUGAUGCACUCUGAAAGCAUGGAAGAGGAUUGCGCGAGUGAGGGGCAUGGGGAGGGGUAUGAGUCCAACACAGACUGCACUGACACGUCCACUAAACGCUGCCAAGACAACCCGGCACUGCUUAAUGCAAUCCACCGCGGGGAAGCAGAGACACUACUGGCAACUAUGAAUCAUGCACAAGAGAUGGGUGUUGCCCAGCCUUAUAGUCAUCAACCAGGCCCUGGCUUUGCCAGAAAUAAAGUGCCAAACAGAGAGUCUGUAAGCGGGAAUCAAAUGGGUGGAAGAAUUCCUCUGCAACCGAUGGAGGUGAAUGAUCACAAUGGAGUCAGUUACACAAGACAGUCGCCUCGAACUCUCCAACGACAUCACACGAUUCAGACGAGUGACGAUGUCUAUGAUCAGGUGGAAUCUCUGUCGGGGAUGAGUCUAUUAGCUGGAAAGGCCCUCAGCUCUGCCCGAAUGUCCGACGCUGUCCUCAGCCACGAAUCACUCACAGGGAGCCAGCAGCUACAGAACAGAGAGAACACAGAAUGUGAUGAGAGACCUCAGGGCUCUGCUCAACUAAACCCAGAUGAGGACUCCCAGCAUUCAAACAGUUCCUCCUACUCUGCCAAAUGUUUCAGCGAACUUCUGAAAGAACUCAACCCACCUUUCGACAACAAGCUGCUUACCUACAAACACCCUGACCUGGCCUUUGGAAUGGAGCAAGCUGGAGUGUAGCGGUUUCAAAGAUGACUCAGUUCAGCCUUGAGGUGAAAGGUCCAUUUAAACCAACAGUAUCCAGCAGCAUCACGCCAAAACAUCAUUGUAUUUCUUUCCAGCCCAGCAUCAUGACUCUUUGCCUGCCAGUUCAGUGGUUGUGUUUACUUGCCACAUCUGUCAGUACCAGUCAUGUGGAGGUGAGAAGACUGAAGUGCUCAACAUUUUAGAGAGAGAAAGAGAGAGAGAGAGAGAGAGAGAGACACACACACAGCCAUGGCUCCCAGAUCUCUUCAUGCCUGAAGCCACUCUGGCCCCCUGACGAAGAAGCCCACCGACCCCUCGGUUGUCACUUUAUCCAGGGAGAAUAACUGAGCAUGUGCUCCCAAGGCCUCAUUCACUCUGUGAGCAAUAAGACUGCUUGCUAUUCCCUCUGGUACUCCUCUAGAUUUUGUUUUUGCCUAACAGUGGUGCAAUAUGCUUUUGUUUUCCCCCCCAGUUCCUUUACCCACGUUCGUCAUCGUGCUUUCUUUCUCGUGUUCAUUUCUGCGUCAUUUACCAAAAAAAAACAACAAAAAAAACGUGUACGGCCUUUUUGUUUUUUAAAAAAAAGAAGCAAGUUAAGGUUUUAGAGUUUAAUUUCCCGUUCGUGUAGAUACCUGUCAUGUUUCCUUAAGAUUGUCGAUUGAAUGAACCGUGCGUUUAAUGGGGAAAUUAUCAAAAUAGCUGAUUUUUGUUAUAUUUGAAUUGUAAACUUGCACCUUGGUUUAAAGUAUUUUCCCCUUUUUAUGGCAUUGUAAUUGUGACUUGAUUCCCCUUGUGCCAGGUGAGAAAAUGUGUUAAUGUUAAACUCUUUGAAAUUUCACAGCGUAUUAUGUUUCUAUGUCAUAUCGUAUCCUUUUUUUAUUAUUAUUAUUAUUAAAAUGCCCGGACCCACUGGAAGCUUGGGUUUUUGGCUACUUUCUGAACUCUUUUUAAAAAAACUGAUCAGAAUUUUUUUUUAAGUUGAAACAAUUAUUUGCUGCUUCGAAGAGUGGAGUGGAUGAAGCGGAACUCUGAAAGGAAUUUGCACGAACAGACAACAAGACAACAAGACUACAGCUAAGCCAGUCAAGCAGUGUUUAACUGUGGUUUUAGAAAUCAUGGUUUUAAGACAAAAAGAAAAAAAGAAAAAAAAAGUAGCUUGGGGCAGACAAAACUUUUAAACUUGACGAAUGAAAUUAAAAUAUCAUCCAUUUACCUGCUUCCAAACUACAUAUCUGUCCAACUUCUGUUAUUUGUACAUUUUUGUUACAUUUAUUUGACGAAAAUAAGUCAAAAUAAAAAAACUUGAUAUUCAGCUGUUUUAACGGGAAGGUACAGAGAAAAGCCUGAGAUCGUUUUAUUGUAUGUAACUUUUCUUUGUUUACAUGACACUGUAUUUAAGGGAGAGUCACUGCCACCCUAUAUAUAAAAACCCAAUCAGAACUGAAAGCAGUGCCAUCUCUCAACUUGUAACACAUUUUUUUUAAUGUUGCUUUGUAUUGUAGUAAUCAAUACGCAGUAUAUGUUGAAUGUAUAUUAAUAUACUUUGCUAUUUCUGUUUCGGAAAUGUUGAAAGUAUUUUUUUUCUUGUUUAUGUUGGACAAAAGGUUCAGUGAUCUAGUACAUUGUGUGGGUCACUUGCAACUAGUAAUUUAGUUGGAAAGUGGGAUUAUGAUAAAUAAAACCUAUGAAUUUGAUCUGACCAAAAA